GCGAAUGAUCACCAUGAUUUGCAAUCGUAGGCUCCCAAUUUUGCAUACUACUACGUCUAUGGAAGUGGCACGUCCGCGUUUGCGCCGUGUGCCAAACAGGUGUUACACGACCAUGGAGCAUCUCCUCGUGAAAUCCAUUCAGGCUACUGGGCCGCUUCAAGUGCCAAGAUAUCUCCAAAUGUGUCUUUCGCACCCUACUCACGGAUACUAUAUGCGAAAGGAAGUGUUUGGAGCACAGGGUGAUUUUACGACGAGUCCAGAGAUCAGUCAGAUCUUCGGGGAGCUCGUAGGGACGUGGUUUCUGUUACCCUGGAUGAAGGAACAUAAAGACAAAAGUAGGUCUAUUCGACUAAUCGAACUUGGUCCGGGUCGCGGUACUCUAAUGGCAGACAUCAUCAGGACGUUCAAUUCCUUUCGGUCCACAGCCAACGCAAUAGACUCAGUACACCUCGUAGAGACCAGCGAGAAGCUUCGAACGUCGCAGAAAGCAAAGCUUUCCUCUGCCCUGGAAGGAUCCCGAAAUAGUCCCAAACUUCACUGGCAUGACCGGAUUGAGGAUAUCGCACCCAGUGAUGCUUAUACCAUGCUGGUCGCGAACGAGUUUUUUGAUGCACUGCCGUUCCAUAUCAUAGAGAAAACACCCGACGGUUUCAAGGAAGUGCUCGUUGGAUUGAAAAGCAAUCUAUCUAGCUCGCUCGCACCUCUUCCUAAAUUUAAGCAGAACCAACUGGCGGAACCAUUCAGUUCGCCUUCUAAACCUCAACUGCAACUUUUCUUGUCAGACACCGUAUCAACAACAUCAACUCUCCUAUCAGCAUCCUCCCCAAGAUUCUCUAAACUUAUCGGUGCUCGAGGAGCUGGACUCAUUAUUGACUAUGGUGAUGAACACUUCUUUGGUUCUUCAUUCCGUGGAUUCCGAAACCAUCGAAUAGUAGAUGUAUUUGACCAACCUGGCCACUCAGACCUUACGGCGAAUGUGGAUUUUGCGUAUUUGAAGGAGGCAUUAUUGCCAAUAGCACGAUCAUUAGGUCCAAUAACCCAACGGGAUUUCUUGCUCGGGAUGCAGUUCAACGCAAGACUUGAAGGCCUAACUAAACAAGCCCCACUCAUUGACCCGACGGGAAUGGGUGCUCAAUACAAGGUCAUGGGCAUCGUUCCACAGCGCGGUGAACCCGACCGUCAAGACGGCAUUGACGAGCUUUUGUUAUACCCAUUCAAUCUGCCCAGGGAAACUGCGCAGCCAGAAUGACACUAACCUAUGACGUCUGAAGAAUCCAUUGCGGGGUGACUAGGGCUACAAAUAUAUUUUCACGGAUAGUUAAGAAUGGAAUAACAAAAGGACAAUGAGGAUUUCAACAUAAACUUUCCUUAG